ACACUGAUUUCAAAAGAAAGAAGACGUCAUUCGAAAAAUGUGUGUUGGAUUGGAAGGUUGAUAAAGUUGUGUUUUGUUGAUUGAUACGAAUUAUGCAAUUAAAUUGUGAUAGUUACGUGUGAUUUGUUGUUGCAACAGACAAUCUAAAAUGUCUCACGAUACAGACUUGUUGAUAUCAGUGCCACGUUCGUGUAUAGCUGAAUUUUACAAUAAAUAUCUGAAUCUAGUUGAAACUUUUUACUAUGUCACUUUAACAGAGAACAAAUCUGCCUUCUGUAAAGAGAAACCUGAAUAUGUGUACUUCAAUGUGAUUUUUAACUUGAACCCAGCUGAUGGAAGCUACAAUCCUCGGGAGUUGGUUGUUCGAAUACAGAAAUAUGUGGAAUCAUCCCUGGGCUGGGCAGGCGAGCGCGGCGAGGACAGCAGCUAUGAUUCGGAGUGCGAAGACGAGGGCGCACAUCGCGCCGCCUCCCGGACGCCGUCGGACACUCUUGCCGCGGAGUUCGCGGAGUACGUCACAGUCUCAGUCCCACAGCCUAACCAGGCGAAGAUUGAGUUCGCGGUGAAGCUGGGCUACUCGGAGCAGUUAGCACGGACAGCUCUCCAGAGAUUAGGCCCGGACCCGCCACAGAAUUCUUUGCUGGCUGAGCUGAUCAAGCUAUCGGCUAUGCAGCCACCGCGCGCGCUGUCGCCGCCGCCGCCGCGCGACCCCGACCCGCCGCCCGACCGCGCCGCGCUGAGGCAUAUUGUUAUAGACGGCAGCAACGUCGCUAUGAGCCACGGCAACAAGGAGGUGUUCUCGUGCAGAGGCAUCGAGAUAUGCGUGGACUGGUUCCGCAGCCGCGGGCACAAGGACAUCACGGUGUUCGUGCCCAAGUGGCGCAAGGAGGCGUCGCGGCCCGACAACCCCGUGGCCGAGCGCGACGCGCUGGAGCGCCUCGAGCGCGCGCGCGUGCUCGUCUACACGCCCAGCCGCCUCGUGGGCGGCAAGCGCCUCGUCUGCUACGACGACCGCUACAUCCUGCGCCUCGCCGCCGAGACCGACGGCGUCGUCGUCUCCAACGACAACUACCGCGACCUCGCCGCCGAGAGCCCCGAGUUCCGCAAGGUCGUCGAGGAGCGCAUCCUCAUGUACUCGUUCGUCAACGACCGAUUCAUGCCGCCCGACGACCCGCUCGGCCGCGCCGGGCCCACGCUCGACGCCUUCCUGCGCGCGCCCGCCGGCGCCGAGCCGCCGCCCGCCUGCCCCUACGGCCGCAAGUGCACCUACGGCAACAAGUGCAAGUACCACCACCCCGAGCGCGCCGGCCGCCCGCACAAGUCCGUCGCCGAGCGGCUCAGCGAGCGGGCGCGCGCGCUGCACACCGUGUCGCUGCCGCCGCCCGGCGCCGCGCCCAAGCGGCCGCUGGCGCGCGCGCACUCCGCCGCGCCGCGCCUGCCCGACGCCGCGCUCGCCACGCACUUCGAGCGCGCGCAGCUGCAGCCCGAGCCCGGCGCGCACCGCAAGCUGGCGCGCCAGCCGCCCGCGCCGGGCCACGCGGCCGCCGCGCGCGUGGCCUCGGCCCCGGCGGGCGCGGCGGCGGCGUGGCGCGCGCUCCCGCCGUCGCCGUGCGCGUCCGAGGGCGCGCUGCAGCACUGGGACGCGCGGCGCCGCAUGCACUUCCACCUGGCCGGCAUCUUCCCGGAGGCGCAGGUGGCGGAGGCGAUGGCGGCGUUCCCGGAGCAGACGGACGCGCAGGCGAUGUGCGCCGUGAUCCUGGCGCGCUACCGGCCGAGCGAGGCGGCGCCGCCGCGGCCGCGCUGA